UGUGAACUUGAGCGACGACAAAGGCCCGUCUCAACCCAGUCACUCUCGCUCUCUACCACAUCGCCAAAAUGCCAGGCCCUUCCAACACUCUUUUGAUCGAGGGUACCUUCUCUGAGCUCGCAGAGGAACUCGCCCAAUACCUUGAUGUCCUCGCCAAAAGUGCCGAAGGCGCAGGCGUCAAUGCCGAGAUCGAGCCUUUGUUGAACCCUUUGAGAGAAUCAGAACAAAAUCCAGACUCAGUCGAUGACAGUCAAAAUCAGAAACAAAAAGAUGAGGUGUUGAAGAAGUUGGUCACAAAAGCUCCGGUCCUCCACUCAGCGCCCGAAAGAGAAUUUACUGCCGCCUACAACCUCCUCAUCAGCCUCUCGACUCAGUCUUCAAUCCUCGAUCAGAUCUUUGCUCGAUUGUGCCAAUAUCUAUCUGAACAACCCAUCUCAUCCUCCCCCACAUACGGCCCAUCCCUCGCACUUCAGACCCUCAGCACAAUUUUCAACGUGCUUCCAUCAAGCAGCGAAUCGCGCUACCAUGUCUUCCUUGCCAUCUUGAAGGUGAUCAAGUCAAGCAACUCGACCCAGUCCUUUGAGGCGCUCAAGUCACAGCUGGACACCAAUGUUCCUCACUGGCUCUCCGCCUGGCAGCUUGAUGAUGACGACAAACAAGAAUUCUAUGUCACGCUGGCCGAUGUGGCCAGCUCGGUGGGAUAUGAAGAUCUCUCAUAUACAUAUCUUCUGUCUGCGCUUGAAGUCAUCCCUCCCGAGUCCGCCUCUGAGAACGAUUCAGUUGAGUUGGCCAAGCGAGUUCUCAAAGUUGCCUUGACCAACCCUUCUGUCCUCGACUUCACACCAUUGACAGCCAGCGACGCCGUCCAAGCCACCCGCAAGACAGACCCUAAUCUCUUUGAACUGCUUGAGAUUUUCUCGUCAGAUGAUUACGCAGCGUACAAGGAAUUCCUGUCCAGCAACAGCCUCCCAUCGAUCGGCCUUGACGAAUCCGCCUCGGAGACACUAACGACCAAAAUCCGACUUCUCACUCUCGCCAGCGUCGCUGCCUCCUCUCAGACCCGGUCUGUGUCAUAUUCGAGCAUCGCUUCGGCAUUGCAAGUCGAUAGCGACGAGGUAGAGAUGUGGGUGAUUGACACGAUCCGCGCAGGCUUGAUCGAGGGCAAAUUGUCGCAGCAGAAGCAAGAACUCCUUGUCCAACGGGCCACGUACCGCGUCUUUGGCGAGAAACAGUGGACCGAAAUCCAAGGCCGCCUCGCCAUCUGGAGACGCAGUCUCGAAACCGUGUUGCAGACCGUGCGUGCCGAGCGCGAGAGGUUUCUCCGUGAAGGGCCCGGUGGUAAUGACGGCGCGGCUAACGGCUUCGCUGACGGUGAGGGAAGACCACAUCAUGGCGGUGACCGCGGCCAGAGACGUCAAGGUGGCGGUCGUGGUGGACGCACUGGUGGUCAUAGAGGUGGCGACAGAGGCGAUCGAGGCGACAGGGAGCAACAGCAGAACCUCCGUGAGCUCGAUGUCGGUGGCGAUUAAACUAGUGGUAUAGAUCAAUGGACUUUUAGUUGGCGCCAAUACACUGUCUUUGUAUCAAGCCUUUUGAGUCUCCGGGCUGAGACCAGGCGAGCUUCAAUUUAUUGAACAGUGCCCAGAUUCUAUCAUCACGGCUUCAUGAGGGGUUCGCCGGUGGACAUUGUGGCUUGUUAGCUUGUUAUUGAGAGCAUUCGUAAGGUUACAUGAGGACUCGUUCCAAUAAUGACCAAUUUCAU